CGCGGAUUCUUCGCAACUUCUUCUCGAAGUCUCAUCAUCUUCAGCGCCAUGCUGGUGGCUUCCGUUUCCGGAAUGCCAGGAGUGGAGCAGAUUGUGGCACGCCAACCAACACGGCGGUGUGCGCCCAACUUUCCAGAGGUGGAUCGCUAUUCUUCGAUGGCCAUUGGUACCAUCACGUACUUGGGCGUGAUGAACCAGGCCUGGAACAUGGCCUCAAUUUCCGCGAAGGCCUGUCGCCAGCGGGAACGCGAGCGGGUAUCCCGCUCCGCGCGGGUGGCGCGUGGAGCCAGCUUGCGCUACUUCCGUUUCCACUCGGAGUUGCCACACCCCGUGCCUGCGGAGCGCCCGGCGCAGAAGCCGGGCUCCGGGUGGCCGGAGCAGUGCCCUCCCAUGUCGGCAGCGAUUUGCUGAGGAUGUCAUCAACCCUUUCGAGAUUCGCUUCGAUCCGGGUGAGGAGUCCUGGAAGCUCCACGAUGCCGUGGAGGUGGGUGGCGGUGAUUUGGAAGAACGGGGUGAAGUGGGCGCCUUCGACCAGGACGGGGACAAUUGCUGGCAGUGGGAUCCCAAUCAGGUGCUACCACAUCGUAUCUCUCCACAGGUCUUUCCAGAGAUUCGGAAUCAAGCGAAAGUGUCGACGUAUUUGUACCUUCAGACACCUCCUGGGUUGGCUUCUCAGGGGCGACAUCCCCAAUGCACAUCGUCGAUUUCGCAUCCUCAGCGCCAUGUUAGACACUGACUGGUACUUCCCAGCACACCCUUGGCAUGCAGUGGUGGAACUGCCAAAGUUCGUCGAGGGUGAGCCGGUGAUCAUCCCCGCGGGCGAACCGCUUUGCCGUCUCACGCCGGUGCGACGAGGCUCUUAUUCUGCAGCUGAGAUGAGACCUGAUCAGUUCAAGAUGCUCUAUGAAAAAGGUCAGGCCUGGCUGGAAGAGAAUGGCCGACCCUCCGAAGACCCCGAGGCUCCAGCUGGCGCGCUGGACAUCCGUGGCUGCUAUGCACGGCAGCAGCGGAGAUUUGACUUCCAGGUGACGCCGCGGGGCGCUCCGCACGCUGCGCGCGCUGCGGGCGGUGUGCGCCCCGCCUGACACUGAAGGGUCUGCGGAAAA